AUGUAUCUUCAUCUCUACGUUAUUUUUAUCAUCUAUCCCAUUUCAUCAAAUUUUAUUUAUGCACAAGACUUUUUUCAAGUACAAUUAUCAUCAUCAACUCUUACAUCCGUACCCUAUUUAGAUGGUGAAGUAGCUAUCUAUCAACAUAACAAGAAUGGUUCACGUUUAUUUGUGCCCCCGUUGGCCGUACUAUAUCUCAAUCAGACACGUGUCUUUUAUAAUCCUCUGAAUGAAAAAUAUCUAUUACGUCUUUCAUUAAUACUUUAUACAGCUGAAUUGCGUACAACAAUUUUACAAUAUCUAUCAAAUACACAUAAUCGAUGUAGUCCACCACAAGAAAUAUGUGAUAUAAAAAUGGUACCAACUGAACGUCUUCGUGUUGCCUGGCAACGUACAAAACAAUUAUCACCGAAGUAUAACCUAGACACAAGUUGGCGAUCGAAUACAGCACUUCUAAAUAAAAUUGGUGUGCAUAUUGAAUGUACUACAAAUCAAACAUGCUACGAAUUAUUAAACGAUGUUUUGAAAACACCUGAAAUAUUAAAUGGUUUAGAAUUAAAAUAUAGUACACAGACUGAAAAACAAACACGUAAAAUAGUCACAAUCACUGGGCAGCAUGUUAUGAAAACGCAAAUGUAUUCAGAAUUGAAACAACUACCAUCAUCAACCGCUGAGAAUCAUGUACGUUAUCUACUUGUUGAUGAUAUGAAUCACCUUGUAACUGAAAUAUUGGCAACAAUGGAAUUAGAAGAAGUAACAGAUUCAGAGUAUAUUGCACCAGAUGAUCAAAAAGCAUUAACAGAACUGUUAAAACAGCAUCUAUCGUUAAAUGUUGAAACAUUACACGGUCAUAUGGAACGACAAUGGAAUUCAGUCUAUUGGAAUUCUGAUAAUAUACGUCCAGAUCGACUUGUACAUUUAUUAAAUGAUGAAUUGAAGCAGUUACAGAAUAAAACUAGCCUUACGGAUCAAGAUCAGUCGUCUACUCAACAGCGACAAGAUCAAAACUAUAUUGGUCAGAAUCGUUCAUAUGGCGGUUAUGAUAAUUCAGAAAACGUAUCCGGUACUAAUCGGAAUAAAACGGAUAGAUUCAAUGAUCGUGCUGGUAGUAAUUCAACAGGACAAAAAAUUGUUGAUCAAAACAGUAAAGAUAAAUCACAAGCUAAUGCUUCUGGCCAAAGUCAAUCGAGCGGCUAUCAUCGUGACCGUUCAUCGAGUCACGGUGAUAGUGUUAGUGGCAGCGGUUUCGGCGUCAGUGCUAGUGUGUCGUAUGAACAAUCAAACGCAAAGGUCGAUGCUGGUUCUAACUCCAGUUCAAAUUAUGGUAGUAAUGAGUGGCGUAAUGCGUUGAGUAAAUACACUGAUCGUUCACAUGAUAGCAGUCAUGCGUGGAAAGAUACACAAGCAACUGGUGAUGAUCUAUCGUCGCAUAACGACAAUGCGUGGCGUCGUGCAGCAAUUCAAGAUCGACAUACAGCAUAUGACGAUUCGAGAGCACAAAACGACACCCAGUCAUUUCAAGAAUUAAGAAAGAAAACUUUCGAUUUCUAUACAAAUAAUCGUCAGUUUAUUGACUUUACAGGUGAAAAAUUCAUAGUUAAACCAGUUAAAGCCUAUAAAUUGAAUUUGGCUACAUUUCAAGAGAAUACAAAAUUUGUACACAAGAGUAUCGUUGUAUUACGUGUCGACUCGAUACAUACCGUACCGAUCCGGAUUCAGCCAUCAUUAUCAGAUGCUGUACUAACAGCAGUACCAGUUACCGAUGAAUAUAGCAAUGUGUUUGAAUCAAAAUUACGUGAACUGCCGAUAGAACUUAAAUCUUCAAUAACAACAAAUAAAAAUAAUGCCGAAAACUUAAAAGCACACACAACCAAUCAGUUGGCUGAACUUAAAUCUUCAAUAAUAACAAAUAAAAAUAAUGUCAAAAACUUAAAAGCACACACAACCAAUCGGUUGGCUGAACUUAAAUCUUCAAUAAUAACAAAUAAAAAUAAUGUCGAAAACUUAAAAGCACACAUAACCAAUCAGUUGGCUGAACUUAAAUCUUCAAUAACAACUGUCAAGCACACUUUAUCUCGAUUAGAAAGAAAGGGUAAGUUUAUGUUCCAAUUUUUUAAUCGUUUGAGAGAGAAGUAG